CAGCGCGGAGCCGGGCGAGGCGGCGGCACCACAAAAUGGCGGCGGGGGCUGGCAGCGCGGCGGCGGUGGCGGCGGUGGGGGGCAGCGGCGGCCCGGCGGGGCCUCAGGCGGUCGGGGUGGCGGCUGGGGGUGUCCCCCAAGCGGGGCCAGGCGGCCCUCCGGUGCCGGGUCCCGGCGCGGUGCUGAUCGGCGACCGGUUGUACUCGGGGGUGCUGAUCACCCUGGAGAACUGCCUGCUGCCCGAGCACACGCUGCGCUUCACGCCGUCCAUGAGCAGCGGGCUCGACCCCGACACCGAGACCGAGCUGCGGGUCACCGGCUGUGAGCUCAUCCAGGCGGCCGGCAUCCUCCUCCGCCUCCCGCAGGUGGCCAUGGCUACAGGACAGGUGCUAUUUCAGCGUUUUUUUUACACCAAGUCUUUUGUGAAGCAUUCCAUGGAGCAUGUGUCAAUGGCCUGUGUUCACCUGGCAUCCAAAAUCGAAGAAGCACCACGGCGCAUAAGGGAUGUAAUUAACGUGUUCCAUCGUCUUCGACAUCUGCGAGAAAAAAAAAAACCUGUACCUCUAAUACUGGAUCAAGAGUAUGUGAACUUGAAGAACCAAAUUAUUAAGGCUGAAAGAAGAGUUUUAAAGGAGUUGGGAUUUUGUGUUCACGUCAAGCAUCCUCAUAAGAUAAUCGUUAUGUACCUUCAGGUAUUAGAAUGUGAACGUAACCAACACCUGGUCCAGACUUCAUGGAAUUACAUGAAUGAUAGCCUGAGAACAGAUGUCUUUGUGAGAUUUCAGCCAGAAAGCAUUGCCUGUGCUUGUAUUUACCUUGCAGCUAGAACAUUGGAGAUUCCACUUCCUAAUCGUCCACACUGGUUUUUACUCUUUGGAACAACAGAGGAAGAGAUUCAAGAAAUCUGCUUAAAAAUCUUGCAGCUCUAUACGAGGAAAAAGGUUGAUUUGUCUGAUCUGGAAAGUAAAGUGGAAAAGAAGAAACUGGCAAUUGAAGAGGCAAAAGCACAAGCUAAAGGUCUUCUACCUGAAGGAGCCCCAAAUUUGGAUAACCCAUCAGGAUUUUCCCCUGCACCAAAAAAUGAGUCUCCAAAAGAGGUUAAAGGAAAUAAACCCUCGCCGCUACCUGUUCAGGCAAUGAAGAAUGCUAAAAGGAAAACGGAGGGAGCAAAAAGAACGGGUUCAAAUAGUCCAGUGAACGGCAUUCAGAAAGGAAGAGAAAGCAGAAGUCGAAGUGGAAGUCGAGAUCAAAGUUACUCGAGAUCACCAUCCAGAUCCGCAUCUCCUAAGCACAGGAAAAGUGAAAGUUAUUCCACGUCAAGUGGCUCGAAGUCCCACAGCCGUUCGAGGAGCCGCAGUGACUCUCCCCCAAGACAGUUCAACCACAGUUCCAGUUACAAAGGUUCCAAGAUGAGAAGUUACAAGAAAUCAAAAGACUAUAAAUACUCGGCGCACAAACCACGGAAAUCGCGCAGCAGGAGCUCGUCGCGUUCCAGGAGCCGGUCCCGGGAGCGCUCCGAUCAUUCAGGGAAGUACAAGAAGAAGAGUCACUACUACAGAAAUCACAGGCAUGAGCGUUCGCGCUCCUACGAGCGAGCAAGUCAUCGCUAUGACCGCGACCAUCCUGGCCACAGCAGGCACAGGCGAUGAGCAGUAGAGCGAGGUCUUUCCUUUGGAAUUUAAGCUGUGGAGCUCUUCUCCAUUUGGCCUUUGCAGCAUAGGGUUAACCUGGCUUGUAAACCACGUGGCUUCAGUAAUGUCUAUUCUGCUGGUAACUCUGUUCUUAUCAUGAAUCCAAAGGAAAGAUGCGAACGAGACAGGAUGAUGCGAAGGACUCUGAUAAUUGUCUCGGUGACUGUUCUGCUGGCGCGUCACCUAAAAACACUGCAGAGCUCGUCUCUGGAUGCUCUAUGCCUGCUCUUCUAGUAAUUUACCUACCCUAGUGCGGUGCUUGGGCCUUGCAGUUCUGCAGCAGGACCUCCCUUCCUCAGUAGCAGUGGGAAUGCUGUGCUGAAAGGUCCUUCCCUGCGCAACUGGAAGGCUCAAGACUGCUCAUAAAAACCAUUGGAGUGGCUUGGUGCUAACAAAGCUGUCUUUUCAUACUGACUCAAUGAUGUUGUACAAAUGUAAGGUGACUUUUUUAGAACCGAUGCCUAUAUUAGGUUAUAUAUGUGUAUAUAUAUUUUGCAGUGUUACAGUCCAGUAUGGGAGUACGGCCUUACUAGCCUUUACACUUUACCCACAAUGUAAAUAAGCAUUUGUUUAAUACAGGUGGAAGAUAUAUACAGAAAAAUUCAAAACUUGAACUCUAUCAAAAAGACUUGUGUAGAAAAUUCUGAUAAAUGUGAAAGUAUUUAGCUCUGUGUAUUGAGAGUAGUAUAUUUUUUAUCUGUGCAAUGCUGUGUGCGGGCCACCAGCUCAUAAGACAUUUCCUAUAUAUACAUUUUAAGUGGUUUGAAAUUCUUUACUCAGGAUCUUUGACACUGAAGAAUUAGUAGUUUGUCAAUCUGCAUGCUUGUUGAAGAACAGCAUUUUAAAAAUAGCAAACAACCCCACAGCCCAGUAGUAUCAGUUCUAGUGGUAUAUCUGAGCUGUCACACUCAUGCUCCCUAAUUUCAUUAAAAUAUUUGAUUUUAUAUUAAAUUCA